UCAAAAGCAUAAAAAAUGUAAAUAAACCAGAUCAUUGCGCCAAUCACUGCCACAGAGUUUUAUCAGCUAAAUUUUCUUUAUAGUAAAUUUACGACUUGCAGCAAUUCAAAUCAACCAAACAGUAUACGCAACUACCUCAGAUUUAUUGGCUAAAUCAGUGAAAAUGUUAGUGGGCGCCAGUGUAUCGAAGCUGUUGCCAAUCUCCGGACUCAGGACCUUUGCCACCUCAUCGCCUUCGACGUCGAUCCAGAAGCGAAUCUGCAUCGUCGGAGCGGGGCCAGCCGGAUUUUACGCGGCACAGUACCUACUCAAGAACCUGCAGGACGCACAGGUUGACGUCGUCGAAAAGCUUCCCGUUCCGUUUGGACUUGUGAGGUUCGGAGUCGCACCGGACCAUCCGGAGGUCAAGAAUGUCAUCAACACGUUUACGAAGACGGCGGAGAACCCCCGGGUACGCUUCCUGGGCAAUUUGAGUUUAGGCAAAGAUUUCACCGUGAAGGAGCUGAGGGAACGCUAUCAUGCGGUGCUGCUGACCUACGGUGCGGAUCAGGAUCGAACGCUGGGCAUUCCCAACGAAUCGCUGCGGAACGUGCUUUCGGCGCGGGAAUUCGUUGCCUGGUACAACGGAUUGCCCGGCUUUGAGGAGCUCAAUCCGGAUCUGAGUGGCCGGACGCUCACCUUGCUAGGGCAGGGAAAUGUGGCGGUCGAUGUUGCCAGAAUCGUGCUUUCUGGGGUGGAUCAACUCAAGAAAACUGACAUUACGGAAUACGCGCUGGAGGCGCUGUCCAGAAGCAAUAUAAGGAAGGUGUUGUUGGUAGGUCGUCGAGGUCCGCUGCAGGCUGCUUUCACGAUUAAGGAACUGCGGGAGAUGAUCAAACUGCCACAUUGCGCCACGAACUGGAGGCCAAGCGACUUUCACCACGUGGAAGAAAGCUUGCCGAACCUAGCUCGACCUCGGAAACGAAUCACCGAGCUAAUGUUGAAAAGUUUAUCAGAACAGAAUGCACAAACCGAUUCUCGCGGAUGCUUCGAACCGAUUUUCUUCCGUUCUCCGGUGAAAUUCAACGGUACCGACCGCGUACAAUCGAUUGAUUAUGUCGUAAACGAGCUGAAAGACGACAGAGCCAUUCCGACGGAGGAAACGGAAACGAUCGCCACCGAUCUGGUGUGUCGAAGCAUCGGCUACAAAUCCAUCAGCCUGGACAGUGAUGUGAAUUUUGACGAUCGCAAAGGUUGCAUCUCGAACGUGGCCGGUCGUGUGCUGAAGAAAACCUUGACCGGAAGUGACCAAACCAUCGACGACAUCGAGGACAAGCACGAGAAGGGCUUGUAUACGUCCGGAUGGUUGGCCACGGGACCAACCGGCGUAAUUCUGACCACGAUGAACAACUCGUUUGGGGUGGCGGACCAAAUUUGCAAGGAUUUCCACAACAAUGUGAUUCGAGUGAAGGAAGCCAAACCGGGACUGGAGCUGGCGGGAAAACACGUGGUUUCGUGGAACGGCUGGAAAGCGAUCGACGCUGAGGAGUGUCGGAGGGGAGCGGAGAAAGGUAAGCCGCGGGAAAAGAUAGUCAAGAUUGACGAGAUGCUAAGCAUAGCUGGUGGGCUGUAAAAUUCACGACUUCUUAUGGUAAGUUAGAAAGUUUAUUAGAACUAUUCCAAAGUUUAUAUUUUGCUA